CUACUUUAGCACUUCAACAAAAAAAGUCAACAUGGCGGCAGUUUUACCCCGAGAAUGCCAUGUGCAUCCGGUAGUUUUAUUCAGUAUUGUAGAUUCGUUCGAAAGAAGGACUGACGAGAAUGCUAGAGUAAUCGGGACUCUGCUAGGCACCAACAUUCAGGGACUUGUCGAGAUCACAAACUGCUUCUGUGUUCCUCACAAUGAAUCUGAAGAUGAGGUUGCUGUGGACAUGGAGUUUGCCAAGAAUAUGUACGACCUACACAAAAAGGUGAAUACCAACGAGAGCAUCAUAGGCUGGUAUGCCACCGGUCCCGACAUCACUGACCACUCACUUUUGAUCCAUGAGUACUACUCGCGGGAAUGCAGCAAUCCUGUCCACCUGACGAUAGACACCACACUGACCGACUUCAAGAUGGCCAUCAAAGUCUGGAUACGGCAGUCGAUGGGCGUUCCAGACAAGUCCAAGGGCACCGUCUUCACACCCAUCAAGAUGGCCCUGGUGUGCCACGAACCUGAGAGAGUUGGCUUGGAUGCGUUAAUUCGUGGCCAGGCUUCGGGACGCCGCACCAUGGAGUCUGUCAAUGACCUCCAACAUGUCAGCAAGUCCUCCGUCAAGCUGCAAGAGAUGAUCGCCAUCGUUCUGGACUACGUUGAUGAUGUGUUGAAUGGGAAGAUACCGGCUGACAACCAAGUUGGGCGUUUCCUGAUGGAUCUGGUUGCCAAUGUUCCCAAACUAGAUCCAGAAGAAUUUGAAAGAAUCAUUACCAGCAACAUGAAGGAUCUUCUCAUGGUCGUGUACUUGUCCAACCUUGUGGAGACACAACUAAGCCUGAAUGAGAAACUCACCCUCAUCGCUCAGACUCACCCAUGAAUGACAGUGGAACCUUCCACCUUCCCAGUCCUUCAUAAUACAACAAGCCUGUUUAUAGAAUUUGUGAGAUUUACAUCUGAAAGAUUUCUCUGACUCUAAAUUCAUUUCGUGUACGGCUCUGGCCCAAGUUCACAGAUAUUUAUGGAACAGUUUCUGACUUUUUUUCGUUAUUUCUUUUCUGUUAUUGCUGCCUGCUCUUGAUGAAAAAUUCUAUGAACAUUUUCCAUUACUGAGAAAUAUUUGGCUCCUAGGAUUUUACACAUUGGACUAAAAAACCUACAGGUUGAAAAGCUUUUCACUGAGCUCCUAUUUUGAGAUGCAGUUGGUGCACAUGUAGGUAAAACGGAAAAAUUGAACAAGGUGUUGAAGUUUUCAUUUCACCAACAGGUACCUAACUGCAGAGCGUUUUUCCAUACAGUUGGUGGCAUUACAGCCUUGCGGUUGUUGCCUGUUCUUUAUAAUAUCUAAGGUGGUUGUGCAUUACAGCCAGUCACAACACCCUGUGAACCCCGAGUUGGACCAAGAGAGGGCGCAAUUUUCUCAGCAGUGGAGGUGGUCGGGACUGAACUUCACUGAUUCAUGAUUGACUAGGAAAUGCUACUAACAACAAAAACACUCUCGAUCAGCACGGCUAAUUUCAACUGGUUGGGGGUGGUGCUUCUGCUCAAGGUGGAUUGGUUAAAGAGGUGUUUCACACGCAAUGUCGACCUCAGCAUGAGAAAUGUAAUCCAAUUGCUGGGGUGGUAUUUCUGCCCUGCAGCUUAGUGUACACGUCAUUCACAGCUUCCAGUUUAUUAAAUUUUCCAAAAUUCUACACAAAUGCACUUGCACUACGUAUGUAUUAAAAUAAUUCCAUUAUUUUGGAAGAUAAGGUAAAUGCUACUAGCAGGAUGUCAGCUUCCUCUUAUGUGUUGGUUUUGGUUGUUGUACAAGUGCUUUUGAAGAAUUUUAAACUCGGAGCUGGAGAAAAACGAAUUAAGUAGAAUAAAAUUCCAGUAUCUAAACUGCAGUACAUUA